GGCCUCCGGGGAGGAGGCGGGGCCGGGGGCGGGGCCGGGGCCGCGCCUGCCGCACCUCGGGGCGGCCGCUGGAGCCCUGGAGCGCCGCGGGCGCGGGGCGUAAAGGCGGCCGCGGCGGAGCUCGGCCCUGCGGCUGAGGCGGCAGCAGCGGCGUCGGCGGCCGCCGCCUCGUCCUCGUCCUCGGCUCGGUCCUCGCCGGGCGGCCUGGGCCCGCGGCCCCUCCUCGGCCUCGCCUGGGCCGCCGUCGCCGCGUCCCCUCCAUCCCCCGCGGCCCCGCGGCGGGCACGGCCGCGGCAUGUGGCGCUGGGUCCGGCAGCAGCUGGGUUUUGACCCACCACAUCAAAGUGACACAAGAACAAUUUACAUAGCAAAUAGAUUUCCUCAGAAUGGCCUUUAUACUCCUCAGAAAUUUAUAGAUAACCGAAUCAUAUCAUCUAAGUAUACAGUGUGGAAUUUUGUUCCAAAAAAUUUAUUUGAACAAUUCAGAAGAGUAGCAAACUUUUACUUUCUUAUUAUCUUUUUGGUCCAGCUUAUGAUUGAUACUCCCACAAGUCCUGUUACUAGUGGACUUCCGUUAUUCUUUGUGAUAACUGUAACAGCCAUAAAGCAGGGAUAUGAAGACUGGUUACGACACAAAUCGGAUAAUGAAGUCAAUGGAGCACCUGUUUAUGUUGUUCGUAGUGGUGGCCUUGUGAAAACCAGAUCAAAAAACAUCCGGGUAGGGGAUAUUGUCAGAAUUGCCAAAGAUGAGAUUUUUCCUGCUGAUUUGGUGCUUCUGUCUUCCGACAGAGUAGAUGGUUCAUGCCAUGUUACAACAGCUAGUUUAGAUGGAGAAACUAAUCUCAAGACACAUGUGGCAGUUCCAGAAACAGCAGUAUUGCAAACUGUUGCCAAGUUGGACACACUCAUAGCUGUGAUAGAAUGUCAGCAGCCAGAAGCCGACUUAUACAGAUUUAUUGGAAGAAUGAUACUGAAUCAACAAAUGGAAGAAAUUGUAAGACCUCUUGGGCCAGAAAGUCUCUUGCUUCGUGGAGCCAGAUUAAAGAACACAAAAGAAAUUUUUGGUGUUGCAAUAUAUACAGGAAUGGAAACUAAGAUGGCAUUAAAUUAUAAGAGCAAGUCACAGAAGCGAUCAGCAGUAGAGAAGUCAAUGAAUACCUUUUUGAUAAUAUAUCUCAUAAUCCUUAUUUCUGAAGCCAUCAUCAGUACAAUAUUGAAAUACACAUGGCAAGCAGAAGAAAAAUGGGAUGAACCUUGGUAUAAUCAGAAAACAGAGCAUCAGCGAAAUAGCAGUAAGAUUCUGAGGUUUAUUUCUGACUUCCUUGCUUUCUUGGUGCUCUACAAUUUUAUCAUUCCAAUUUCGCUCUAUGUGACAGUCGAGAUGCAAAAAUUCCUUGGCUCAUUUUUUAUUGGCUGGGAUCUUGAUCUUUAUCAUGAAGAAACAGAUCAGAAAGCACAAGUCAAUACUUCAGAUCUGAAUGAAGAGCUGGGACAGGUGGAAUAUGUAUUUACAGAUAAAACUGGAACUCUAACUGAAAAUGAGAUGCAGUUUCGGGAGUGUUCAAUUAAUGGCAUAAAAUAUCAAGAAAUCAAUGGCAGACUGGUACCAGAGGGACCCACACCAGAAUCCUCAGAAGGUUUAGCAUACUUUAGAAGUUUAGCCCAUCUCAGCACUUCAGCCCAUCUUGCAAUUGGUUCUGAAACUGAAACUGAACUAAUCAAAGAACAAGAUCUCUUCUUUAAAGCAGUUGGUCUCUGUCAUACAGUGCAGAUUAGUAGUGGUCAAUCUGAAGGUCUUGGGGAUGGCCCCUGGCACCCCAAUGCAGUAUCCUCACAAUUGGAGUACUAUGCUUCUUCCCCAGAUGAAAAGGCCUUAGUUGAGGCUGCUGCGAGAAUUGGUGUCGUAUUUAUGGGCAGCACUGAAGAAACUAUGGAAAUUAAAACCCUUGGAAAAGUUGAAAGGUACAAAUUGCUUCAUGUUCUGGAAUUUGAUUCAGAUCGUAGACGCAUGAGUGUGAUUGUACAAUCUCCUUCAGGUGAGAGACUCUUGUUUUCUAAAGGAGCGGAGUCUUCAAUUCUUCCAAACUGUAUUGGUGGUGAAAUAGAAAAAACAAGAAUUCAUGUAGAUGAAUUUGCUUUGAAAGGGCUAAGGACUCUGUGUGUAGCAUACCGGCAGUUCACGCCCGAAGAGUUUGAGGAAGUGGACAGACGGCUUUUUGAAGCCAGGACGGCCUUGCAGCAGCGGGAAGAGAAGCUGGCAGAGGCUUUUCACUGGAUAGAGAGAGAGCUGCUGUUACUCGGGGCAACAGGCGUGGAGGAUAGGCUUCAAGAUAAAGUGAGAGAGACCAUUGAAGCCUUACGUAUGGCGGGCAUCAAAAUCUGGGUGCUUACUGGAGACAAGCACGAGACCGCCAUCAGCGUGAGUCUGUCGUGUGGACAUUUUCAUAGAACCAUGAACAUCCUUGAACUGGUCAACCAAAAAUCAGACAGUGAAUGUGCGGAGCAGCUGCGGCGAUUGGCCAGAAGAAUCACUGAAGACCAUGUGAUCCAGCAUGGACUGGUGGUAGAUGGGAGCAGCCUUUCUCUGGCCCUGAGGGAGCACGAGAAGAUCUUCAUGGAUGUGUGUAAAAGCUGCUGUGCCGUGCUCUGCUGCCGCAUGGCCCCGCUCCAGAAGGCAAAGGUAAUAAGACUGAUAAAAAUCUCUCCAGAAAAACCUAUAACGUUGGCUGUUGGUGAUGGUGCUAAUGAUGUAAGCAUGAUACAAGAAGCGCAUGUUGGCAUAGGAAUUAUGGGAAAAGAAGGAAGACAGGCUGCACGAAACAGUGACUAUGCAAUUGCAAGAUUUAAAUUCCUCUCCAAAUUGCUUUUUGUCCAUGGCCAUUUUUAUUAUAUUAGAAUAGCAACCCUUGUACAAUACUUUUUUUAUAAGAAUGUGUGUUUUAUUACACCCCAGUUUUUAUAUCAGUUCUAUUGUUUAUUUUCACAACAAACACUGUAUGACAGCGUGUACCUGACUUUAUACAAUAUCUGUUUCACUUCCUUACCAAUUCUGAUAUAUAGUCUUUUGGAACAGCACGUACAUCCUCACAUCUUACAGAACAAACCUACUCUCUAUCGGGACAUAAGUAAAAAUAGUCACUUGAGCAUUAAAAAAUUUCUCUAUUGGACGGUCCUCGGUUUCAGCCAUGCCUUCAUUUUCUUUUUUGGAUGUUAUUUUCUUAUAUGGAAAGAUGUAUCUCUACUUGGAAAUGGCCAGAUGUUUGGAAAUUGGACAUUUGGAACAUCAGUCUUCACAGUAAUGGUAAUUACAGUCACAGUAAAGAUGGCAUUGGAAACUCAUUUCUGGACUUGGAUAAAUCAUGUUGUUACCUGGGGGUCCAUUGUAUUUUACUUUGCCUUCUCUUUGUUUUAUGGAGGAAUUUUCUGGCCAUUUCUGGAUAUAUACUUUGUAUUCAUUCAACUUCUAUCAAGUGGUUCUGCUUGGUUUGCCAUAAUCCUUAUAGUGGUUACUUGCCUAUUUCUUGAUGUUGUGAAAAAAGUGUUUGAUCGACAGCUACAUCCCACAAGUACUGAGAAGGCCCAGCUUACUGAAACAAAUCCCGGGGUCAAGUGCUUGGACUCCAUAUGCUGUUUCUCAGAGGGGCAAGCAGCGUGUGCAUCUUUUGGACGGAUGCUGGACCGAGUGAUGGGGAGCUGUAGCCCGGCCCAGGUUAACAGAUCAUGGAGCCCAUCGGACCCCUUCUGUACCAACGACAGGAGCAUCCUGACCCUCUCCACAAUGGACUCAUCUGCUUGUUAAAGGAACAGUAGCACUUGUGGGCAGCCAUUUCAGUCUUUUCCCGAAAGUUCAGUGGGAUUCUUCGGUUAGUGACCAUUAGUUAGUUCAGCCAAACUUCUUCCUGAAACCAAUGGAAUAGGGCACACCUUACUCAAGUUCAAGAGAAGAGAAAAAAAAAUCUUGUAGAGAAGCAAAUUCCUUAAUUUACGGUUUUUCCUAAUUCUCCUCCCAAACAAGCUAAAUAAACCCUAUCCUAGUUUAGUUGCUGCCUCACAGGUUAAUUGGAAUCCUAAGAAUCAAAUGGCAUUUCAGCUGUUGCCGGGGACACAGUUUAGCUUAACAAGGUGGAAAAGGGAGAGAGCGUCUGUUUACAUGUUAAAAUAUUAAAUAAAUCAUUAGCUAGGGCCCAUCGCCAUUUAAAGCUGCUUCUGUAAAUUGUGCUGAAAAGUUUGCCUUAAAAACUCUAUUUUUUUAUUCUAUAUUUUUUAUUCUAUUGAAGCUUCUUGUGGCUGAAGUUUUAGCCAUAUUUGAGUAAGGUUCCCCUUUCUCAGAACUCCCCAUGACCCAUGUUAUUACUUUAUUGAUUUUUGUAAAGUUCAUGGGACAGGGUUUUUAAGGAAAGAAAACCAAUCCAUUAUUUGUCUGCCUCUGUGCUGACAGUACAUAUGAACCCACACAGCCUCUUAUAAACUGGUAGCAAAAGAACCAGGAAAGUUCACAAACUAUGAGACCAGAGAGGUAGAAAAUUCUUGUUCUAAUUAAAACAAAAAUCAGCCUUUAUUUCUUUCAUUUCCUUUUUACCAUUUACUAGGGAGCUUUUGUGACAGAAUAUGAAGAAAAGUGCCAUUUCAUUAAGCGUAGGCAUUAUUUCAUAACUUUGUCAUUGAUGGAUUUUUUUGCAUGUUUUAGUCCAGUUAAUGUAUUUCAAUUUGGUCUUGCUGUAUUUUAAAAACUUAAGCCUUUUUUUCUGCCCUUCAUUAAUUUAAAGACUUGAUCAUUCGUUUUGUGACAAUGUUGUAAAUACAGAUGUAUGAAAUAAAAGAACAGAAAUAAGCUUGGACAGUAUUAUAAAUACUUUUAGGUACUUUUUCAUGACACAUUCAAGGUCAUUUAAGUGUGGCUGGGCUCUGCCGUUGCCAGCCAGCCCUGUAGCGCCAUGCUGGUCUCGGGGGUCGUGCUCCUCUCUUUGGUUCCUUUGGGAAUUUUUUUUUUUUUUUAAACCAGGGCCACUUUCUUGGCUCCACUGUACUGCCUGCCGUCAGACUUGACAAGCUGCGUGGGGAAACGGAAUUCAGCCAUGGUUUCUUUUUAAAUAAAUAUUUGGUCUUGGCUUUGUUUUCCCCCGACAAACCCCAUCCCCUCUAAUGAAGUAGUAUUAAUCUGAGACAUUGCAGUAGACAUGAAAUGAACUCUGUUGCCUGAUAAGAUUGCUAGAUUUUUUGGAUCAAAGGUUUAAUUGGUUAUUUGUGACUGGUUAAUUUGCUCAAGUUUCAGUCCUUAAAAGUAAUUUUUCGUCCAAAUGUUCAAGGUUGUAAUUUGAUUGCUCUCGGUUAUAGUUCAUUUCUUUGACGUGAAUUCAUACUUUCAAGAUGUGAAAAUGUCCUUUACGAAGAUUAGGGGAAAAAACCCAACCUUAAACAUGUAACAUCUGAUUGUAUUAGCACAGCAUUGAGAGCAAACAAAAAAAAUCUAACUUCAGAAUCUGCAUUCCUUUCCCAUAUUUGGCCAAAUAAAUAAUUUCAUUCAUUUAUGGGAAGUUAGAGAGAUUUGGACAUUGGGAGUACAAACAAGAACUCAACCUCUAGCUCCUAGUAAAAGUUCCCGAUUAAUGGAACGCUUUUGUCUUUCGGUAAUAAGAAUAUCAUUGCAUUCUUGCUGGAUUUUACCUUCUUAACUUUUAAAAAUUUUCCUAUCAAAUCUCCAGGUGUAGCAGCCCAGACCUCUUUUAGAAGAGGAAUAUUACUCUGAAAACGGGGGUCGUAAGGAAGGUCAGAUAAUACGCAAAAGAAGCUUUGAGCACCUGAAUUUCCAGAAGAGGGUGACACACGCACACUUAACUUUUAAGAUAGUUUGCUUUUUUAUCCAGUAAAGUCUAAUAUAACAAAAGGACAUGUGAGCUUUACUGCAUCUGCCUUGAAGUGACAAGUGCCCCCAGAGGCAGGAGGAGUCUGUGCCUCUUUAGCUGGACCACAAGCCAUCAGAAUGAGAACCCUACUCAGGGUUCCCUGCAGUGGUAGCUUGGAGCUGAUGUGAUGUUCAGUCAAAAUGAAAAAAGAGGAUUUUGUGGAUUCACUUUUUGAAACAUAAGUGAAACAAAUCUUGAUAUCAACCAGAUGGACUAUUACUUGUAAGAUAACACCCAAGCUCUUUCUGUCAUCAUCGUGACUGUUGGUCCAUGUGUUUUUUUUAAAAAAGCCUACCUACAUAUUCAAGCUAGAUUAAGUUGAAAAUAAAAGUUUUAAAAUUUAGGAUAUUGUAGUAUGAUAGUCUAUUGAGCAUGGAAUGACUUACCUUUAGGAAAAACUGUUUUCUAGUGCUGAAAUUUGUAUCACAGAACUAAAUGUGACCAAGAUAAUUUAUAGAAGUAUUUCCACUAAAACUCUUACUGCGUUGUAUACUCUUUUGGAAAUACGCUACUACAGAUAAUUAACCCAACUGUUUCUGCCAACAAAUAAAAUACAUAGUAUCCAACGUCAACUUCAUAUUUUUUACUUAGAAUUAGCUUAUUUAAAAUAAUGGCCUGCAUGUCCGCCCAGCUAGUGAACAAGUCAGUUCGCCUAUGAAAGAUUCCUAGCAAUUGCUUUUAGAUGCAGAAUAUUGCCUCAGUUUUUAAUGGAGGCAAGGCAGGAAAUGAAAUUUGGACCCCCAAAAAGCAGAUAGUCUUCCAAAAGUUCUCCUUUUGGAAAUUUUGAAGAUAUUAAGACUGAAUGCCCUCAAAUUGAUCAGCCUCUCUUGGGCUAUCUCAUUCCUGCAGCUGAUGCAUUAGGGUCAUCCCAGAAAUCCCCAAGCCACGGGAGCCCACCAGAACACAUCAUCUCAAAUUCACUGGCUUUCCACUGCUAUGGCCCCUGCCAUAAACACACUGGGGCUCGUGCCGGAUUGGACCUGUCUAUAAGGAGCAGGGAGAGACAUUGCCACAGAUCAAAAUUUUCCAAGUUCCUCCCUCUUUGCAGAGAUGGGAGAUGCAGUUUAGUUAAAAUACUACACAUCCUGUUCAGUAUGAUUAAUGACGGGGGCUCGAGGUGUUUGGAGUUUUGCUAAACUUAGUUUUUUCUUUUUAGAAAUCAUUAUUAGGGAAAGUUCCUUAAGUUGGAGAGGGGCCAAAGACUGAAUGACAGGAUAACAAAUUUCAGCUGGAGAUGCUUUUUCCCCUAGCUUAUGAUUCUUGUUAGUGAACAUUCAAGCAUCUGGGGAGAAAGUGAGGGAGGACUGACUUCAAGAAUAAGGCAUCCAUGAAACCGACACCAAAGAGAUUUGAACCAUGUUUAAUUUUAGUCCCAUUUGUGCAUAUUUCAUUUACAUCUUGAAAGAAGGUAAUCCUCUAUUUUCACAAGAAAAAGCCUUUAGCAAAAUAUGGUUUAUUUUGGAAAAACAUGAAGGAUAUUCCUACAAAAAUGAUAUCUUAAUGACACGUUUAUCAUAAUGAUGAAUGUUUGCUUUUAAGGGGCAUUUUAAGCUGGACACUGUAGCAAUAUGUAGUUCAAAUGUUGGACCUCAGACACUGUGGUUAUGUAAUGAAAUCCUUUUUAAUAUUUUCUGUACAUUGUCAAUUAAUGCAAGUUGCUUUACUGUACAGCUGUCAGUAAAUGUUUUUUUAGAAA